AUGAUCGACAUCGCCCCCCGACUGUGCGACGUGGCCCUCAAGGGCCCCAAGGGCUGCGCCAAGCCGAGCCGCGGCCACGCCGUCAAGCGCAAGCUCUACUCCCCCGAGGCCGUGCUGCACAUCCUGGGCGAGGACGGCGCGCUCGUCCAGGAGGCGACCAUCGAGGAGAUCUGGGCGCCGCACGCCACGCGGCUGGAGAUCGUGGUCUUGGACGAGGCCUGGGGCACCGCGACGUCGUCCCCCGUGCCCGACGCCACCUUCAUCGACCUGGACGACCUCGGGCCGCUGGGCGGCACCUCCUCGCUGCACAGCGCCAUCCUGAGGGAGGCUCAGCAGCACGAGCUGCAGCUCGCCGCCAGCCCCGCCGCGGCGCCGCAGGGAAGGACGCACGCCCAGCCCGACGCCCUGGACAGUGACUUCGGCAACCUGGACUGGCUCAUCAACUUCAAGGUGGACUCGGUGUUCGAGCCGAAGAAGGCCAAGGCGAAGCCCGGCUCGCCGAAGGACGACGCGGCGACAGCCCCCAGCGCGGCCCCCGCCAACCCUCACCCGCAGGCGCACCGCUACAGCGGGCCGGGCAAGCCGCCGUUCACCUACACGGAGCUCAUCGAGCUGGCCCUCAAGGACAAGGGCAAGCUGACCGUCAAGGAGAUCUACCAGUGGAUCACGAAACACUUCCCCUUCUACCAAGCCUCGGACGAACGGUGGAAGAACUCGGUGCGGCACAACCUGUCCAUCAACCCGCACUUCCGCAAGGAGAGCAAGGCGCCGCAGGGCGCGGGCCACCUCUGGGUCGUCAUGGACAACAACAACAAGGUCAAGAACUCGUGGGUGAGUACGCAGAGCGCUACCAGUCGGCAGUCAAACAGAUGGUGGUCGGAGCGAGUCAGCCUAGAGCGGUCCGCGGAGGAGAUCCUCUCGGGGGUCAAGAGGGAGGUGGGCGUCGAGUUCCUCACGCCCAUGGACCUCGACGGCGACCUGGACGGCGACCUGGACGCCGAAGUCCUCAAGCUGGAGACCAAGGAGGAGAAAGGAUUCCUCUACGGCGACCUAACCGCUGAGCAAGUGAUAGCUGAAAGCGGACUCCAGGACGAGCUAGCCGGGUUGUACCUCUUAAACGACAUGACAUCCACCAUCACCUCAGACUCACUCUUCCCAGAUGAUCUCAAUUUUGGAGGCCUUGAACUGCCUCUCAGUGGCUGAGCGGCAAUUUGGGAUUUGAGGAAAUGUGUUUUGAGAACUGUGGCUCACUGUGCCUGUGGCAUUUUUUUCAUGGUGUAUUUGUCCAUUUUAUCAUCUAUUUGUGUGAUGUUAAAGGAGAUUUGCGGAAGUCAUUGGUUGGAUUUCUGUUUAGCCAAUUGUGGAUUUUACUAUACUCAACCAACUAAGUUGCCUUAAAAGAAUAAAACCUAGUCAUUAAGUUUCUAUAUUGCUGUCAAAUUUUUGUAUUUCAGCCCAUGUAAAUACUCGUAGGUGCUCUGUGGGUGACAGAGACAUUUUUUUGUUCCAGAAGCAGUUAAUUUAAAUGCCAAUUGUGGAAGCUUUGUUUGAUAGUCAUAUAUUUGUCAGACAAUCUUCCCCCAAAACUGAUGCAUUUGUAUUAAUGUCAUUGACCGAUGUAACAUCAUGACUGAAGUUUACCUAUGGUGUAGAAACAAUUGUUUGGACUUUAAUGGUUAGAUAAGUUCUUUACCUGAAGUAUGAUUAAAGUUUCAUGAUGCCAAUUAUUGACAAAACCGUCAUGUAGUAUAUAUUAGAACUAAGACUGUAUGACAAACCAGUGGCAGAUGCUUGUAUAUGGUGAUUUUCUUCCACUAAAAAACCACUGUUUGUCUUCAUGUAGAUAUUUAUCUUGUGUAAAUACAUAGUGUUCCCCAUGUUGAGUGUUGCAAUUUGGAAAAUAUUAGGAUUUUUUUCACAGAGUGACAUUUCCUCAUUGAUUGGGAUCAUUUCUGGGUAUCUUCCAUGUUGCAUCUAUCUAGUCUGUACUCAACUUUUAAUGUUCUCAUGUGAAAUCUCUAGUCAUGUUCUUUAAGACUUUCAGAUGAGCAAUAUGCAUAAUGUUAUAACUGACGAAGUGCCUAAAAAAAGCUAUCUAUCAACUUAAAUUUGCAGUUAAAAUUAAAAACGCAUAUCAAAUGAAAUUCGUUUGUUUUUCAGACAUUGAACAGGAGAUAGAGGCAGCACCCCCAGUCCUAUCACCAAGUUAUGAAAGUACUUUUAUAAGUACAAGUACUUAAAUGUAAGUGCCAAUGCCCUUGUUAUAAGAAUAUUUUCAUUACAUUUGAUAUGAGAUCACAAUAAGCACAACUUCAAUACUUCCUACAAAUUAACACAUUUGUGGUAGCACAAUUAUUACAUGGUAAUUGUUUUGCAUGUCAAUUUGUGAAAUAUUUAAAUUCUCUUCAUAACUGCUAUUGUUUAUGAUAUGGUUUUUGUGUAUUGUAUCAGAACCUACAGAAUAAAAUGUGUGUGAAUCGA